AUGAAUGUGGGGAUCUUUAACCGAGUCAAUAGUAAGAACCGGGAGAGUGACGGAAUGUACUCAGAAUGGAGUUCGUUGCCUUUGGAGGGUGGCGGGUGUGGGGUACUUGGAGCUGUGGGAGGACGUGAUGUAGUCCUGGCUGUUGUGAGGCAAUUAGCCUCACAUCAACCUAGCCCUCUCAACACAGAUGCAGAAGUGGAAUGGGUAUUAGAAGUAAUACGAUAUGGUCUAUCCUUACCACUUUCUGAGCAUGAGGCUGUACGUGACUGUGUCCGCGUGUGCUGUUCAUGGUUGUCUGCAUUACUUCCUCCAGCUGCACCAGCACAGCCCCCGCCUCCGGCUGUGCCUGCCCCUUUAGCAGCUUCACCUGAACGCUAUGCCACCAAAAUACUGAGCCAUCUACAUAACUUAUUUGUUCCUAGACACAAUGAAACCCUCGCAUUCAUUUAUCAAACGGAUUUAAGUGCUGAUCUAAUCAGCAAACAAGCAGUUCUUUGCCAUCGAGUCCUGCGGUUAGCUCGAUCAUUAGCUGACAGUGCGUCAUUGGGUUCUCGAGAAUGGCGAGCCUUGUUGCUUCUGUUGCUUGCUGCUGCAUCGGCUCUGUUGGCUCCACCAGCUCCGGUGCAUGGAGCAGCUGAGCAACUGUGUGAAAGAGUUCUUUGUGUGCUGUUUGAAGUAUGGAUACUGGCUUGCCACAGAUGUUUUCCAUCUCCGCCACUAUGGCGUACAUUGCGGGAACACUGUAUAAGUUGGCGACACCGAGCACCGCUCACUGAGCAAUGGACACGUGUGUCGCUAUGUCUCACUGCGAGACUUCUCAAGCAUAUGUAUGGACCCCUGUUUCCUGUUAUGCCCAUAAGUGACGAAGACGCUACACUAGUCCCAGCGGAUAUGAGCGCUGAAAGCGUGAUGCAGAGCUGGUACCGCAUACUUCAUACUAUCGGGAAUCCAGUGGACCUUUGCCAUCCUCAUCUUAUUGCACAUACGCCGCAUCUGUUGCAGGUUAUAUUUUUUGUAUAA